CGUAGUCCACGGUCCUGACAAUUCAUACCUUCCCGUUCCCUUCUCUUCUCCUCAACGUUAACAAGAUGCCGGCCGUACACCACAAACUGCUGCUGGAGGAAGCUCUGCAGGACAGUCCUCAGACGCGCUCCUUGCUUAGUGUGUUUGAGGAAGAUGCGGGGAUGCUCACAGACUACACAAACCAGCUGCUCCAAUCGAUGCAGCGAGUCUUUGGAGCUCAGAGUGAGAUGGGUUUGGCCACAGAGCAGCUCUCACGGCAACUCCUGGACUAUGAGAAGAAAAAUUUUGCCCUUGGAAGAGGUGAUGAGGAGGUAAUCACCACGCUGCAGAGCUUUGCGAAAACUGUCGGGGAGCUGAACUCGCUCCACUCCGAGCUCGCCAACCAGAUGGCUGACAGCAUGGUCUUCCCCUUGAUCCAGUUUCGAGAGAAGGACCUCACAGAGAUAAGCACCCUGAAGGAAAUAUUUGGCAUCGCCACUGAUGAGCAUGAAGCAGCUAUGGUCAAGUACAGCCGGUUGCCCAAGAAGAAAGAGAAUGAGAAGGUGAAGGCAGACAUGGUGAAGGAGGUGGCUUACACCAGAAGGAAGCAGCACCAGGCUUCACUGCAGUAUUACUGUGCCCUCAAUGCCCUACAGUAUCGCAAAAGAGUUGCUAUGCUUGAACCCAUGUUGGGCUACACACAAGCACAGAUCAGCUUCUUUAAGAAAGGCAUUGAGCUGGUGUCUAAGAAGAUGGACAACUUUCUUUCCUCAGUGUCCAAAAUGACACAAAGUAUCCAGACUCAGCUGGACGCUGAGGCGGAGGCCAUGCGCGUGUCCCAGAGGGAGCUUCUGUCUGUGGAGGACACCGUCUAUAUGCCGGAUAAGGACACUGAAUCUUUCAAUCGCACACUUAUCCAGAAGGCAGGCUACCUCAACAUCAGGAAUAAAACAGGCCUGGUGACCACAGCCUGGGAUCGACUGUACUUCUUCACCCAGGGAGGGAACCUCAUGUGCCAGCCACGUGGAGCAGUGGCAGGAGGGAUGGUGCUGGACCUGGACAACAGCUCCGUCAUGGCUGUGGAGUGCGAGGACAGGCGCUACUGUUUUCAGAUCACCUCCCCUACAGGCAAAACGUCAAUGAUUCUGCAAGCUGAGAGCAAAAAAGAAUAUGAAGAAUGGAUUUGCACAGUGAACAACAUUUCCAGACAGAUUUACUUGACUGACAAUCCAGAGGCUGUGGCCAUUCGACUGAACCAAAGUGCCAUCCAGGCAGUGACUCCCAUAACCAGCUUUGAGAAGAGGCAAGAAGGCUCCCCUAACCCUGACAGAGCAAAACCAGGAGGUGUAUAUGAAACCAGCAGUGGCACCAAGACGACCGGUGCUGCUCCUGGACCAGAGGACCUGAUAGCUCCCGGCACACCCAUUCAGUUUGAUAUCAUGCUGCCAGCCUCUGAGUUUCAAGACCAGAACAGAGGUGGAGGGAGAAGAACAAAUCCAUUUGGAGAAACUGGAGAUGACUGCUCAACAGAAAAUGAUGACUCUCUCCUGCAGCAAGUAUUUGCAGUGCGCUUCCUGGGCUCCAUGGCAGUUCGCUGUGGCGACAACCGCGAGGUGAUCUAUGAGGCCAUGAGGCAGGUGCUGGCUGCCCGAGCCAUUCACAACAUCUUCAGGACCACAGAGUCCCACCUUAUGGUCACCAGCAGUAGCCUUAGGUUGAUUGACCCACAGACUCAAGUUACAAGAAUAAGUUUCCAGGCUGAAGAGGUGUGUCAGUUUGCAGCUCACCAAGAGAACGGGAGGCUGAUGGGAUUCGUGGUGGAGAGCAGAGACUGGAGCGACGGCGACGACGAGGGACAGCCUUCGUUUAGCGCCUUCGUAUUUGAGAGCAACACUGAGGGCGAAAAGAUAUGUUACACCAUAAGUUUGGCAAAGGACAUUACAGAAGCCAAGAAGGAUCCAGAGGCUCUGGCCCAGCUGAUGAAGAACAUGCCAUUUACCAACGAUGGGAAGUUCCUGCUGCUGGAGCCAGAGACAGGCGACAUAAGCAAUGGAGCAGGACAAGAAGACCUGGAGUCUGAAGCCUAGUACGAGGGACUAGAGCGACAGGCUGAUUGAAGGUUUCAACAUGACCACUAAACUCGAACUCUGGUACUGCAUCAAUAACACUUCCACUAACCCAGUGUUACUACAGCUCCACUGAUAAUAAUAGGUUGUGAUAAUGAAGGAGACGUUUACAGGGCGAGUUACCUGGAUCUUAAAUCAUAUCCCAUGGCUGCACCCUUACAUCUGCUUUUCCACAUUUUAACAGCAUUGGUACAAAGGGACGAUAUUUUGUUAACCACAAGGUAGUGAAAUCAUUUGCUUGAGUUUAGUUUUGCAUUUAUUUUAAUUUUAUAUAGUUUGAAUACCGUUUGGAGAGUUUAUUAUCUUUUAUUAGUACGGAAACAUGAUUGCACCUCCAAUGUUUAUGUCUGUUUUAAUAACAUUUUAUGGCUACAGAAUGUACCAAAUGAGACGUUUGGCGGGCUUUUUUUUUAAAGAUCUGGUUAAAGACUUUGUCGUGUUGAUUUUAUCUGCCGAGCAGUGACUGCUGCGUUGCUUGUUCUUGUUAUUCUGUGAGCAUAACUAUGUGUCUUGAAGCUGUGGAAACAAUAGGCAUUAGUGAGUCUACUCUGACUCUGUAUAGCGACUAUCUAAGCUUACCACUAAAACUGAAUUAAUGUCAAGUUUGACCCACCUCUUCUCUACUUGUACAAAUCCAGUCUUAUCAUAAUGAUCCGCAUGCCAUGUCUUCGAGGAGCCCCGAUAUUUUUUUGUACAGUUAAAAACUUCUUUGCACUCAAUUUCUUGAACGCCUGUGUAAAUAUGUUCUGUCUAAUUGUCUGUAUGAUGUUAAAUCACUCGAUUGCAUUAAAAUCUUUCAGAGACAAACGCA